GCUUUCACUCACAACUACGACGAUGUCUGCGUCACUGGCCCCGGAAUGCGAUGAAGUCAAGGAGCGUUAUGACUCCUGCUUCCUCAAAUGGUAUAGCGAAAAGUAUCUGCGUGGAAAGGGCACAACUGAUGAAUGUGCCGCCCUUUUUAAGGACUACAAGCGAUGCUUAACGAGUGCUCUGAAGGAAAAGGGAAUUGACAAGAUGUUGGAAGAAGCUCGAGAGGAUCAUAAGGAGAAUGAUGCAGCAAACUUGCGUCGGAGAUAAUUGCCAAGUCGUGCUCAUCAGGAACUUUGCAUAGCGGCAUUAAGGGUGUUCGGUUUAUUGGGAACUUCUGCUCUGGCUUUCUCUAUUUUCCUUGGAGAUGUAAAAUAUAUGUAUUGAGCUUGUAACAUUAAAAGCAACUCAGCCUUCUCAAGUACAUUCAAUAUCCGACGUCUUAUCAGCAUUAGACGGCCAUUGAGAUAUCCAAGGAU